AUGUUGCUACAAUCCUUGGCCGUUUGGCUCUCGCUCGGAUCACUUGCGAUAACCAGCCCUUUACGGGCCGAACCGUUGGCAAGCUCUGACGAAUUUCCCUCUUUUGAAGAGAUUGUCAAGAGGCAGGACGGCGCGUGUACCAAUGGGCCACGGACCAGAAGCUGCUGGAGCGCUGGCUACAGCAUUGCCACUGACUUUGAUGCCAAAUCUCCUCCUGAUGGAACUACUGUCACUUACAACCUUGAAAUCUCUAAUGUCACCAAGCCAAACCCUGAUGGGAGUGGUGGUAGUAGGCAGAUGAUGCUCAUCAAUGGCCAAUAUCCAGGACCAACUAUCCGAGCGAAAUGGGGCGACACUCUGAUCAUCAACGUCAAGAACAAUCUCGCGCACAACGGAACCGGCAUCCACUGGCACGGUAUCAGACAGCUCAACUCGUGUCAGGACGACGGAGUUCCGGGUAUCACCGAGUGCCCCAUUGCUCCUGGAAAGACUCGCCAGUACAAGUUCAGGGCCACCCAGUUUGGCACAUCUUGGUACCACUCCCACUUCUCGGCCCAGUACGGAGAUGGCGUCGUCGGCACCAUGAUCAUUGACGGGCCAGCCACUGCCAACUACGACGUCGAUCUUGGUGUUUUGCCCAUCACCGACUGGUACUAUACUCCGGCAUUCACUCUGAACGAGGUGGCGCAGCACUCCAGAACUGGACCUCCUACAGCUGACAACAUCCUCGUCAACGGCACUCAUAUCAACUCGUUGAAUGACAAUGGACAGUAUGCUCGCAUCAACGUGGUCAAGGGAAAGAAGUACCGCAUCCGUAUAAUCAACACCGCAGUCGACAAUGUCUUCAGCGUGUCCAUGGACGGCCAUCCUUUUACAGUCUUGACUUCCGACUUUGUCCCCAUCAAGUCUUUCGUUACCGACCAGUUGACCGUGCAGAUUGGUCAGCGCUACGACGUGGUCAUCACUGCCAACCAAACCGUUGACAACUACUGGUUCCGCGUAUCCAUCGGCACAGCAUGUAGCAGAAACGCCAUGGCGACCUCUACCAAGCAGAUAGGUGCCAUCCUACAUUACGACGGCGCUUCCACGACGGCAAACCCCACAUCCACAUCUACCGUGACCCCGCGCACAGGCUGCGAUGAUGAGGCCUCUACGAACCUUGUGCCUUUUGUGCCCAACUCGGUCCCUUCAUCCGUAGUCGGCGAGGCCAAGGACCACAAGAUGGAAGUCAACUCGUUCUCUGACCCAGCCAAGGACAACCUCUUCCGCUGGCUCAUCGACGGCACACCACACAUUGUCAACUGGAACAACCCCACUCUGGAGACGGUCCUAGGCGGCUCCACAAACUUUGGCCCCAACGAAAACGUCCGCACCAUGAACGGUACUGGCUGGUACCUUUGGUGGAUUCAAUCUACCUCUCAGAUUGCGCUGCCUCACCCUAUCCAUCUCCACGGCCACGACUACUACAUUGUCGGCCGCGGCACCGGAACCUGGGAUGGCUCCACCACCGGCCUCAACUUUGACAACCCCACCCGCCGCGACACUGCUGUCCUGCCCGCUGGCGGCUACAUGCUGAUUGCCUUCCCCGCCGACAACCCCGGCAUGUGGAUCAUGCAUUGCCACAUUGCCUGGCACGCCAGCCAGGGCCUCAGCAUGCAAUUCAUGGAGCGUAUGAGCGAAAUCAAGGGCAGCCUGGGUGACACGAGCACCUUGACCAACGGCUGCAAUGACUGGGACUCUUACUGGCCUGAGGGCAGCUCUCCUAGUGGAAACAGGCCUUAUGACCAGACCGAUUCCGGUAUCUAA